UAUGGCCUACAAGCUUCGAUGGCUUCUCGAGACUUGCCUAUAUAUAUAUAGUGGCUCUUCAAUCAUGUAUUGAAGAAUAUGCAUAUAUAUAUUCAAUUACUAAUAAAUAUAUAAUCUAAAACUCGUACUAAUGGCGGAUAUUCUUAGUGAUUUCAGUAGUGUAGAUAUUCAUGAUGGCAGCGUCGGUAAGGAUGCGGUUGAAGCAGGCAACCUUGCAGCUACAGAACACAUCAAGGGAAUGGUUUCAGCAGCCAACACGAAUUCUGAAACUGGCACUCCUCCACAAGCUCCUCCUCCUCCUCUUCUUACAGAACAUCCACUCCUCCCCUUCCCAACAAUUACUAGUACUGCAAGGAAAGCCAAGCCUUUACCCCGCCAACGAUGGUCCAUUUUCAGGGUUCCCGACCACAUACGAGAAGUCGACCGGAUAGCUUACACUCCCAGGUUCAUUUCCAUUGGCCCUUUUCAUUAUAAAGCACCAGCUUUAAAGGCCGUGGAAGGUCGGAAAUUGCGGUUUCUUAAUCGCAUGUUGGAGCGGAUCAGCCACCAGAAUGAGAUCACGCAAGAAGGCCUUAAGGACGCCAUGAAAAAAUUAGAAGGGAAUACAAGAGAAUGCUACUCAGAAGAGUUUGAAAAUAUCAAAAGUGACGAAUUUGUGACCAUGAUGGUACUUGAUGGUUGCUUCGUAGUGGAGCUACUGCGCCUGAGUGGCAUGAGUUACAAGAAAGAGCUUGCAGAUGAUCCUAUUUUUGCAACGCGCUCGUUGCCACAGAAUCUUGGUCGUGAUCUACUGAUGCUCGAAAACCAACUGCCUCUGUUUGUGCUUCAAAAGCUAUUUGAACUAACAAGCUCAGGUAAAGAAGAAACAUCCCUUGAAAGCCUUGCGCUCCAGUUUUUCGAACCAUUAAGACUUGGGAAGGAGGCAAUUGAAAACCUGAAUGUAGAAAAAAAUAUGUUAUACCCACAUUUGCUUGCAUUAUUUCACUCAAGUUUUGAACCCACAAAUCCUCAUCCUCCACCUACUCCAAUCCAGAAUUCGAGCACUAGUACACACACAUACAGAACAUUUUCAGGAAAGGGUUGGGUGUAUUCUGCCAAAUCACUAAGUCAUGCCGGUGUGAAAUUCGGGACGAAGCCCGGAAACGUGCUUGACAUGAAGUUCAAUGAUGAGGACAACGUGCUUCAAAUCCCAACUUUGUUUGUCGACGACAACACUAGCCCUGUUCUUAGAAACUUGUUGGUGUAUGAACAGUACGAUAGAUGGGCCUCCCCAUAUUUCUCUUCUCUUGCAGUGUUUCUUAAUAACCUUGUGGUCACUUUGGAUGAUAUGGUUAUUCUUAAGCAAUCUGGUAUUAUCAGGGCUCAUUGUGGUGAUGCAGAGUUGGUGAAUUUCCUUUACAGUCUCACCAAAGACCUUGCGUUCGACAUGGAUGAUUGCCAUUUUGGCAAGAUAAUUCAGGAUAUCAGGGGUUUUUAUCAAACCAAGACGGUCAAAUUUAGACUAUUUCGCCGACGCACUCUUAAAAGAAUAUAUAAAAGAAUAGUGCCAAUAUUAAUGAAUAUCACCAUAAUCUAUGUUACCACAAUGAUAUCUGUGUAUUAUAAUAAACCAUAAUCAUAGUCUUCGGUUGGGGCUAUGGCAUCAGUACUCCUAAGUUUUGGGAUAUCCGAAAGUACUAGCUUGUAUUAGUGUAUAAGUUUAAGAUGUGGUUGGUGUACUGUUCUCUCUUGUAGCAUUUGGUUUCUCUUUUAUGAUUUGGUUUGGUUGAUGAUGUACUCUCUUGUAUUUUGCUUUGUAUAUAUAUAUAUGUAUAUAUGGACUGCCCUUUUUAUGAUUUGUUUUGGUUGAAUGUUGAUGA